AUGCGACAUACAUGCAUUCUAGGCGGGGACUUCAAUGCAGAGGUUAAUGAACUUACACCGCAUGUUGGCAGAGCUCUCCUGAAGAAGCGGGGGCACGACGGAGACAAGGACGCAGGCGAAGGCCUGCCGGAGCUCCUGCAAACCCACGGGCUCUGUCUCCUGAACACUUGGCACGGUAGGAACAAGGCCACCAACCUUACAAGUGGGGCCCUUAGCCAGAUAGACUUCGUUGCCGUUCGCGUACAAUGGGCUGAUCGACUGGCUAAGCAGAGCGACUCUCUACCAGCAUGCCCCGUCGGAGCCUGGAAAGCCAACCGGCACUUCCCCGUACAGGCCUCCAUCAAACUGGUGUCACCUUGGCACCUGAUUCGGCAGCCGAAGCCAGCCGGUGCAAUGAUUGACAAAGCUGCCAUGCAAGACUCGAUCGCCAGGCAGGACACCCGGGCCCAACAACUCCGAUCUCAGGUUGCACACGACCUGUCCCAAAUCCCAGACGCAUUGAGCCCUGGUGAGCUUACAGUCAAGGUAGACGGUAUCCUGAUUCGAAGAGCUGAACAGAUGUACCCAGCCCGAGGCCGGGAAGACCGACGCGUAAGCCAAGACCCCCAAUUUACUCUUUUAACCAAAGAGCUGUGGAGUCUUUACAGGUCGUAUCGGUCCAUAGGCAGAUGCAAUAGGCAAAACAUCCUUCGAAAAUGGCGGUUGUGGACCCAGUUUAAGCGAGCAUCCAAACAGCUGAGGGACCGAGCCAAGAAGAUCAAACGACAGAAGAUCCAAGACAUCAUGUGUGAACUGGAGCAGGCGGCCAAGCGAGGGGACCAAGGAAGCACCUAUGCUGCCGUUCGCAGACUGGCCCCCUGGAAGCCAGUGGCAAAGCCCAGCAUCCGUGGGCCGUCAGGCGAGCUCCUCACGCCAACACUCCAGUUACAGGCUCUAACGGUGCACGCCCAGGACAAAUUCUGCAAGGGCACUGACUACCGUCCGACAGGAGUGCUCCUGGAGGGUCUCGCCAUCACGAGUGAUCAACUUCAGUCUGCCCUUAGCAGGUUGCCGAUUCGGAAGGCAGCGCCGCCGGGAGCGGCACCGUCUGCUUUAUGGAAAAACAGCGCCGAGGACCUAGCCGAGACCUUCUUUUACCCGGUCACCCACAUGUGGAGCUCAGGUCAAACUGGAAGUGCACCCUCCAUCUGGAAAGACGCCAAUAUGGUCUGGAUGCCGAAGCCCAAUAAGGAUCCCAGCCUGCUAGCCAAUCUUAGACCCAUUGGGUUGGUACACCCCAUGGGCAAAUCCAUCUGCACCCUGCUUAGGUCCCGACUGCUGCCCGUCCUCACACAGGCAUUGAUUACACGCCCGCAGUUUGCGUAUGCCAAAGGCAGAUCCACUUUGGACGCCUUGUUGCGAGCACAUGGGCACCUCACUCGGACACGCCAGGAGAUCGAAGCUCAGCGUACAUCCAUUUAUGCAAGACAUUCAGGCCAGGAGCCCAAAUCUUGCUUUGGCGGCAUUUGCUUCAGCCUAGAUCUCAAAGGUGCUUUUGAUGCGGUUCCGAGGCACAGGUUGGCCGAGUGUCUGUUCAGACUGCAGGUGGAGCCGGAUCUAGUACAUCUCAUCAUGCAACAACAGCACCAGUCACAGUAUUGGACAAGGAUCGGAGCCGAUAUCCGGCCCGUAAUGCCCACCCAAGGCAUAAAGCAAGGUUGCAACAUCGCACCCUAUUUGUUCAUUGCGUAUACCAUCCUGCUCAUUGAUAAAAUUGGCGGAGAGAGCACACCACACAGAUGGACGGAGGAUGGACUCACCUGGUACGCGGACGAUGCCUUCGCCGCCUGGAAAAUCCAAGAUGCUGCAAGCCUUCGCCAGGCGCUAGGGGACAUCCAGCUUAUUAUUGCAGUCCUUGAGGAACACGGCAUGGCGAUCGAACCAAGCAAAUGCGCUGUGCUGUACAACCUGCAAGGCAAUGAAGUCAAGAAAAUCCUCAGACAUGCUAAGGUGAGACGCCAAGAGCAAACUUACCUUCUGGCCCGGGAGUCUCCUGAAACAUUGGUGCCGAUCAAGAAACAACAUGAAUACUUAGGCACGAUCCUGGCCUACCGGGACCCACAGACACUUACCUUGCAACAUCGGCUCAGCAAGGCCCGGGGACAGUAUGCACUGCUGCGGAAAACACUUCAUGCCAAGAGGCUUGUCACACGCAAACACCGUUAUCGCAUAUGGAAGGCAGGCGUCCAGGCCAGCGCAUGCUACGGGUUGCUAGCCACCGGCCUCACCGUCACAGGCCGUACACAACUUCUCGCCAUGUCGGCCAGGCAGCUUCGUUCAAUAGCAGGCCGCCCAGCACAUCUAACGCACGAAUCCAAUGCUGAGAUUAGGAACCUGUUCGACUGUGUCGAGUGGACCGAAGAUCUGCUCACGUUGGCUAAGAACCGGCUCGCCGAACUUCGCACACUGCAGGAGACACAACCUGAGAACAUUGUUACCAGGCCCCAGGCACUGCAACAGCUGACACAUGCCAUGGAAACCUUCCAGCAGGUGAUUCCGAUAGAGCGGCCCAAGCAGGACGGCGUGGAGGGUAUAGGCGUGCCGUGUCCGGUUUGUGGGGUUUAUUUUGAUAACCUGACUAGCGUUCGCAAACACCUUAGGCGAAAACACCCCGAAUUCCAGAGGCCAGAAAUCAAGUUCGACCCGGCCGAACAUGCCAUUGGAGGCCUGCCGCAGUGUGCCGGAUGCAAGCACAGGUUCCAGAGUUGGCAGGCGCUUAAGACCCACAUUGAAAAAGGUCAAUGCCACCAGCAGGGAGAGAACAACCUGGAGCCGAGUACCGGCCCUGCCCAGACUACAGCCCCCCCUCCGGAUAACCUCACCCCGGCAGCCCAGGCCACAGAGGAGCAGCCACGAUUGCCACCGCAUCGAAAUCUUCAAGUCGCGGCCUUGAUUCGUGACCAAGGGUGGGAAGCCCUGGUGCACAGCGAACAUGCAGAGGACUUAAAACAGCACUGCUGCAUUUGUGCCCGAUGGAUGGUUGACACAACGUCCAUCAAACGACACAUGCGAUACUCCCAUCCUGAAAUUUGGAAGCAGGAACAGAUCCAGAUGUUCGGCUACCUGCUGCCGGGUCUGAGCGAGUCCAACAAGAGACCUCCAGCCACGCCGCAACAGCAGAACAACAAGGGAGACGAGUCCGGCAAAGGCGGGGGCAAGAGACGACGCACACGCCGAGGACAGGGGGGACAGGGGAGCCGAAACUCGGCCCCAGCGGAGGCACUGACGAAGGACGGCGGCAGGCUCCUCAAUCUGAUCUCGCGCAUCCUGCUCCAGCACGAGGACAGCAUCAACGCCGCAAAGAUGGAUCGGGGCUUCACGGUCUUCAUGGCCCAGACGGGACCGGCAGGACUACUCACCAGCCUCUACAAUGCAAGUAUCGCUUGGAACCAGGUCAAGGACAACGAGCCGGCGAAGAUCACGAAACCGCUACGGAUCACACUGCUAACCCUGAUGAUCGCGGAGCUCAAGGUACGCCUCCAGAAUCUGGAAAAGAAGCAAGAAGCCAAGCAACUGGCCAUCAGUGCAGGAUGGCUCGACCAGCAAGACCGGCUUCUGUACCAAAAGUGGGACGCAGAGAAUGCAAAGCUGGUACCUCAUCCCACGAUGCCGGGCCUCGUGACGACAGAAGUGAUGCAAACCUUGACGGAGAUCGAGCCGCUCAUCCUGGAAUCCUUGGUGCUGCGUUUCCAUGCGCCGCGCAAGAUCAAGCCCACACCGGAGACGGAGAACAAGGCGGUCUUCAAGUUGGAGGUUUCUCUCAGAAGCACAGAAGCGGAUCAACUUUACCAGAGCCUCGCGAAGCUGGAGAACAAUGCAGUAUGGCAGCUCAUAGGGUGCCAGCUCAGAAAGGACGGAAUGCGCCGAUCCAACCCAGUGCAAGAGCUGAUGAAGCUGCUCAGCCAGGAAGGCCGGUCACCAAUCAUGUGCAACACUUGA